AUGGCUAGCAAGGCGGAGAAAAAACUAGCAGCGGACCUUCUGACGAGACGACGAGCGUGUGCCGAACGAGAUGUGGUGGAGAAGUUCGUAGCGGAUUUCACCUACGAACGAGAUUGUUGCCAGGUUGCGGUACGUUUAGAGGCGCUCAACAAGUGCAACGAGUUGUUCAUGAACGUGCAGAAUGACAUCGAAAUGGGCGAUAGCGAAGAACGGUUCGAGGCGCAUCUGGAGUUCCGGGCGGAUUUCGAGGAUCGGUUUUGCAGAGCGAAAGGUUUUUUGCUGUCUAAACUGGAAAGCAGGGAGCAUCUUCUGAGUUCGACGAUCAUGCACGCAUCGACUUCUCAUAGCAUGUCUUCCAGUUUCCAUCAUCGGCUGCCAAAAAUCGAUCUACCGAAGUUUAGCGGGGAUGAAUCGCGAUGGAUAUCAUUUCGCGACAAUUUCAUUUCGAUGAUCCACUGCAACGAAGACAUACCAAUCGUCAACAAGCUGCAGUAUCUGUUGCAGUCACUGGAAGGAGAGGCCAGAAAACCGUUCGAGUCUGUGGAUAUCCAAGCCGAUAACUAUGCGUCGACGUGGGACGCAUUGAAAAAGCGCUACGACAACAAGCGAUUCCUCAGAAAGGAGCUGUUCCGAGGCCUGUACAACCUUCCACCGAUACAGCAUGAGUCCGCACAAGACCUCAACACACUGGUUGAUGAUUUCCAGCGACACGUCAAGGCACUGGGGAAGUUAGGUGAACCGAUAGAUCAUUGGGAUACUCCGCUCAUCUUCAUCCUGACGAAUAAAUUGGAUUCGGCGACGAUUCGUGCGUGGGAGCAAGAUACUCGACAGAAGGAUGAGGUGAAAUACGACGAGCUCAUCGAGUUCCUCAUCCACCAGGUCCGGAUGUUAAAAUCCGUGGACAGCGAUCUCCAGCAUCGUUCCUCACUGCCCACCGUUUCCAAGGUGGCCGGUCAAAUCCCGAAGAGACCAGUUCCCAUCCGAUCUGUUGUGAACACAGCUACGUCCGAAACUCAAUCCAGUACUUCGUCAUGCCACUGUUGUUUUAGGACACAUCCGCUUUACCAAUGUCCAGCAUUUUAG